CAAAUACUGCACAGCAUAUCUAAUUAAUAAAUAUUGUAUGAGAAGCAUUGAAAGCAUGUGUUUCCUUUAUCUCUUUUAAAGUGCGCACCGUUGAAGAGGUUUUUGUUUACACACAGCAGCCAUGGCAAUCAGACUCGAUAGUGAACAACAUCACCAACCAUAAAAUAGCCUACAGACUCACCUCUCUUGCUCACAGCUAUUAUUACAAUAUGCUUUGAUAUUUCGGUUGCAUGUUGGCAAUAUUUUCAUAAUGCAGCGCUCAGAGGAAGAGAGGUUUUAUAUGGCGUGCAGGGCUGCUUAUCUCUCUGUGUUCAGGUCCAGCCUGGUUAAUAUGACUUCAAAAGAUCAGCUGUGCACCGUUCUUCAGCAAGCAGGUAGAAAUCCAUCACAGAAAGCUUUAGACAAAUAUUGGCCCCCAGGAACCAAGAAGCUGAAUUUUGAUGACUUUUUUGAGAUCCUUAAGAAGGAAAAACCAGCAGAACCAGACGAGCUAAUGAGAAUUUUCAAGAAAUUUGAUGUAAAUUGUGAUGGAUAUAUCUCACACGAUGAGCUCAGCAGAAUCCUUACUUCGUCUGGUGAAAAAAUGUCACCCGAGGAAGUGGAUGAAAUCUUUUCCUUAGCAGAUGUCAACAAAGAUGGAAAGUUAGACUACGCAGAGUUUUGCAGGCUUCUCGGGUCUACAGCAGAACAGUGUCAGACCGCGGCACUGGAGAAGCUUGAGGCUGAUGCCAAACUGAAGAGGCAGAACUUUGGCAACCAGUUGGAAAACCCUCCACAGAGCUCAGAGUCCCAACCUGAGCUUUCAGCUGCACAGACACAGUCCAGAACAGAGCUGGAAACAACAAAGAGGAAAGACAGUCGCUCCUCAUCCAGACCAUCAUCAGCUCGCAGUCGUCGGUCAUCUUUAUCCACGGCCAUCACCAUGGGCACUGGCAGCACUAAGAGUGGCAGACUGGCAGAGCCCAAAUCUCUACAGGAUUGGAAUCAUAUUCUAAUGAGAGGCUGUUUUUAUCUGGAGGAAGAUGGAACGAUUGUUUCUCUCCAGUAUCGCCUGCAUAUCCCAGAGACUACCGGUGUCUACCUGACAAUACGGCCCCUCAAUCUUAGCCCGAUUCCUGAGAAGCCUUCCUCGUGGAUGUGUGUGGACACAGCUCUCUAUGGGGUGAUGGGGAACAAGACUAAAGAAGAUUCAACUUUGGUUUGCUUUACUGAAUUAAGGGAUAAGGAGAAGUUUGUGUGGAGAGGAGAGCUCAAUGCCGGCUCAUAUCUUCUCAUGCCCUUCACCACUGGCUGCAGAUUGAUGAAAAGUACAAGGAAGACCACCACUAAACCUGCUCAGCUAGUCAACCGCACCCAGUCUGGAGAGCUGGAGCUCACCAAAGAGUUCAAGGCGGCAUUGUCUGACAUCUUUGAAGUAAUCGAUUUGGACGGCAGCGGUCUGCUGAGCCUAGAGGAGUACAACUUCUUUGAACAGAGAACCAGUGGAGAGAAAUGUGAUGAGGAUGCCUGGGCCAUCUGCAAAGAGAACUUUGACACAAGGAAAAAUGAGUUAACUAGACAAGGCUUCCUAAAGCUCAACCUGAUGGAAGCGAAUGAUCGGGAGGGUGACCCCAGGGAUUUGUGGCUCACCUUGGAGGCCAUGGGCUACAACCAAAGCUUGGAAAUGGUGGAGGCCUGUCCAUUUGUCAUUGAAGUCUACUGUGAGGAUGUCAAGGCUACUCUUCAGGCAGUUCAUUUGGAUUCUGGGAUCAAGAUGUUGAAUUCUUCUGUACAGAGGUCUAUCACAUCAAAAGCAGAGGCUAGAUCUCUGAAGGGUCAAGAGAAUGUCUUGGUUUAUACAUACAAAGGAGAGAGCAGAAUUUCAUCAGUCAUUGCCAAUAAGUCCAAUCAGAAGGUUACGGUGCACAUCAACAAUGAACAAAGCAAGAACUGUGUGAGCAGCAGAGGCAUGAGUAUGUUUGCUGUGGAGGUUCCUGCUAGGACUAAAAUGGUGUGUCAGCACGUCAUGGCUUCAAAUGAUCAACAGGAGUGGACUUACAACUGCGUUGAGAGCAUCAUACCAAGUUUGUGAAUGCUGCAGUAACGUUGGGAAUUUAUUAUGAUAUAACAAAUCAUGUAGUGCUU